CAGUCCAAUAGCCCGCUUCGCCGCCGCCACCGCCCGCUUCCCCCAUCAUCCCCUUCCGGCUGUUCAAUCGAGUCGAGUCCAAUCGCAUCGCAGCAAUUCCAACUCCGGCGAUCUCGCUCCGGUCGGAAGCAGCAAGAUGUCCGGCGAGGAGGAGGAGAACGCCGCCGAGCUCAAGAUCGGAGAAGAGUUCCUCAAGGCCAAGUGCCUGAUGAACUGCGAGGUGGCCAUCAUCCUGGAGCACAAGUACGAGCAGAUCCAGCGGCACGCGUCGGACUCGGACCCCUCGUCGCAGGUGUCGCAGGUGUUCGAGAAGUCGCUGCAGUACGUCAAGCGCUUCAGCCGCUACAAGAACCCCGACGCCGUGCGCCAGGUCCGCGAGACGCUCAGCCGCUACGGCCUCGCCGAGUUCGAGCUCUGCACCAUCGGCAACCUCUGCCCCGACACCAGCGGCGAGGCCACCGCGCUCGUCCCUUCCCUCAAGUCCGGGGGCAGGUUCGACGGCGACGCCGGCGACGAGAAGAUCGAGAAGAUGCUCAACGACCUCUCCCUCAUCAAGAAGUUCGAGUAGCCAGCUCUAGUGCCAUCUGCCGCAGUCUUGCUAUAUUGCCAUGGCCAUGCCUUUUGUUCACUUGGACCGUCAGUUCCCCUGGCUGCCCUGCCUUGUCACAUCAGGCUCCAUGCUAAUGAUCAGCAAUGAUUCAUCUUUGUAACUCUGAACAAAAAGCCUCCAUGCUGCGAAUUUGAGAACUCAAGAGAGGGCCUUUGAUGAUGAUGUUGCUUUCCCUGUUCUUUGGACGUCUCAUAAAAGUAGCAGUGCUACAUCUAUUACUGCUGGUAUGAACAUGAAGCUUAAAAGGGAACAUUCCAGAUGAAGAUGUACUUGAA